AUUUGCAAAAUAACCGUGUUACGUCACGAAAACAGCGCUUCAAACAUGGCGGACAAGAGCAGUCAAGGGGAGCCCAGACCUGAAGCCCAGUUUGCGAAGAGAAUAGAUCCUGCAAAGGAAAUUCUGACCAGAGAACAGCUGCAGUUCAUCCGACAAGUGGAGCUGGCGCAGUGGAAGAAGAACGCAGUCAAGCUCCGAGGACGAAACGUUGCGACAGGACUCGCUAUCGGCGCUGUAGUUCUCGGCAUCUAUGGCUACACUUUCUACUCCGUAUCCCAAGAAAGAGUCAUGGAUGAAAUAGAUGAAGAAGCCAGAGCUGCAAAACUACAGGCUCCGAAGACCGGCGCCAACUGAACUGAAUGAACUUUAUCUUCAGGAAGUGUCUACAUUGACAACAGGAGCCUGACAAAACUGGCAUGACGCAGAUGACGCCAGCAGAGGGCGCCACAUCUAUUUAAACCAGGGCGGGGUAACUUCGCACCAACCCUGAUCAAACUCACCUACCUGUAGCUUUCUAGUGAUCUCGAAGACAUUGAUUAGCUUGUUCAGGUGUGUUUGAUUAGGGUUGGAGCUAAACUCUCCAGGACCGAAGUUACCCAGCCCUGGUUUAAAGUCUCUUAUUCGACCCAAGACUCAAUAUUUAACCGAUAUAAGGAGAAAUCCUUCGUUUUUGCCCAAGCUAAAUUCUACAUGAUUACUAUAAAAAUGUGUUUCUGGGAUGCAGUUCAUGGAAUAUGUUAGUGUUGACUGAAUGUCGUCAUAUUCCUUGUUGUAUUAUGAAUAUUAAUUCUGCUACUGGUGAUAUAUUGCUUUGAGUGCAAAUACAUAAUCAGAGUGAGAUUCAUUUAAAGAAAGUUUUGUUUAUGUUUGUCUUUUUUAUGGACACACAAUAAAAUGAUACUGCAGUGUCUAAAAUGAA